UGCCUGCUAUCGAAUCAGUAUUCAACAAAGAAUCAUCUCGGAACGCUUCCAAACGUCUCCGUGGACUUCAUCUAGAAUUUGAUCAAGUCUGUUUUUAUUAAUUCGUUACGAGAGUGUAAUUUUUCAGAGUCGAUUGAAACAAUGAAAGUGUUGGCAGUGAUAUUGGUCGCGUUGAGCGUUGCAUUAGCAGAAGAAGUGGCCGAGAAAAAAACCGAAAAACGAGGGAUUUUCGGAUCGGGUUACGGAUACGGCAGUGGAUAUGGCGGUGGAUACGGCACUGGAUACGGCACUGGAUAUAAUACAUAUGGCAAUGGCUUGUAUGGCAAUCAAGCAUACAAUCAAUAUGGCUAUGAUGGUACUAGCAGCCCAUACAGCUAUGGCUAUGGCCAAGGAUAUGGCCAAGGAUAUGGCCAAGGAUAUGGAAACUAUGGCGGUUACAAUCAAGGGCUUAACACAGCUUACGGAAGCGGUGGAUACACUUACAAUCGUCCAUUGAGCAACUUCGGCUAUCCUGGCUACUCAGGUACAUACAGCAAUUACAAUAGCUAUCCUGGUGCUUAUCAACAAAGCUAUGGAAGUGGAUACAAUAAUCGACAACAAUACAACAACUAUGAUGGCUACACCUCACCAUACAGAUACAAUAAUUAUUUGAGCAGUGGUUAUAACGGCUAUAAUAACAAUUAUGGCUACAACGGAUACACUGGCUACCCAAGUACCGGAGUCAUUGGAUUGCAACAGCCAUACACUCAGGGCUACAGCCAACGAUACAACUCUGAUGGAUAUGUUUAUUAAAACGAUCGGAAAAUCUUCGUUAAGAGCAAAACAGAAGAUCAGACGAUGCCCUCUCGAAAAAAAAAACCAACAAAAUAAAACAAGCAAACACCAACACUCACUCAUCGACUUGCAUACAAAGUCACCCUUUACUCGUUUUCCAUUCGAAAGCCAAAACUUUUCUCGAAGAUUGAUUCGUGUGAAUAAAUGUACUAUUCAUUGAUGAAUUAUACUCUAAUUGACAAUUCCCCAUUUUUUUCUAUUUAACAAAACCGAAAAUGUAUGAAUUUUUUUUUUUGGAAGCGCUUAAAUAAAAUCAUGAACCAAAAACCGAA